AUGUCAACGCGUCUUUCCAACGCUUGGACAAAGGUCCUUGCUCAACAGCAGCGAAUCGAGCAGCUAGAACAAGAAAGACAGGAACGUAUUAAGCAGAAGCAAGCCAAAAGAGAACGCGUUAUUGACGCUGAUCUCAAUCCAUCUGUUGAAUUUUCUUCUUUUCCUGAACGAUCAUAUAAAUUCUUAGACGAAAGCAAGGCGGGUGCCUCAAGGACCAAAAGGAAUAGCCAGCCGCGUCCACGAAGGUUGGAACGGCUCAAAAAUAAGAUCCAGGAUUUCGGUGCCGACAGCAACAACAGCAAUAGCAAUACCCGUCCAGCAGAAGACUCUGUCAUUAAAAUUGAGAGUGAUGAUAAUGGCAGUGACAACAGUGUUGACGACGAGGAUGAAGGUUUGUCAUUGCUAAGGAGGCCAGGCAACCAAAUGUCUCUGCUUGACAAAUUCGAAUUUUGCCGUGUCCACGUUGCGGAAGCACGGAUCGUACCUUUGGGUAUCCAGAACAAUUAUCCAUUCUAUAUCAAAUUCCAUGAAUUAUCCAAGCGAGUCUCUAAAAUAGAGUCUCAGCUAAGGUGUAUUAUUGAAGGAACGGUAUCAAGUACGUUCUUGGAUAUGGCUUUGAACCAAUAUAAGCAAUUAGGUACUCAAGGAGCACGUAACCCACACGUUAUCAUGGCCAAUGUGGAGCGCACCAUGCCAGGUUACUAUGGCUCCAAGGGUUCGGCAGAAUUAUCCAAAAUUCUUGCGCGCAUGUUCUUGGAGACUAAUAUAUUGACGCAUGAACGAGCUCGUCCACAAACACCGAUUGAAUAUAUUCAGCAUGUCCUCGUUCCUGAAGCCGGUCUGCGAUUGAUCGCAGAGGAUCAAGCGAAAAUAAUGCGUGGUAGCAGCGACUUAAAGGAAGGAAAAGAUCAUAGUGUGAUUACUUUAGAGGAAGCACGCCUGAUCAUGCAGGAGAGUGUGGAGUUUGGUAACUACAUGCACGAUGUUGAGCUUCAUUGA